AUGGGAGAGUAUUAGCUUUUUGAAAUACGGAACAAAGCUGUCUAUGUAAACUCCCAUUCUGAUGAUGAAGACGAUUAUGAAAAUGAUGAAGAAGUCCAAUAACUCUAAAAUGUAAAUUUUACAUAGUAGAAAAGCAAGAGUUAAUCAAUAGAGCUACUAAUUCUAGACAAUCCAAAAAACACAAAUAAAGAGAAAAUGAUUUUAGAACUAAAUAAGUCUUCUAAAAGCUAUUAUGAAUUAAAAAAUGAAUUAGAGCCUGCUGUUUAAGUCUAAAAUGGUGCUAGAAAGUCUGCUCCUCUUUAAAAUACAUCUCAAAAUAUUGACAAUUUAGAAACCAUUAAUAAGAGAUUAUUUACUGACAAGAACUAAUACUAUCAAAAGCCAUGUGCUAAAAAAUCAAAUAUGCAAUGA